AUGGAGCAGUAUGAGCAGGUCCUGUGUUUGGGCCAUGGAGGAGCAGCUGACGUGUUCCUGAUGAGGCAUGUGGAGCGGAAGAGCCUGCACGCAGUGAAGAUGGUGAAAGUGGAGGAGACGAGAGCUGCAAAAACCCAGAGGGCUGUUCUCCAAGAGGCUGACAUCAUCAGGAAGCUGGAGCACCCUCACAUAGUGACAUGCAGCGACGCCUUUGUGAGUCCUGACGGCGGAUUCAUUUACAUUGUGAUGACUUACUGUGAAGCUGGGACGUUAGACGACAAAGUAAAAGAGAGGAAACCAGGGGAGUUCUUCACAGAGGACACUGUGAUGGGGUGGUUUGGGCAGGUGACUACAGCUGUACAUUUUAUACACAUGGCUAAAAUAUUACACAGGGACAUCAAAACCUCAAAUGUACUGCUGACAAAGCAAGGUGUGGUAAAGUUAGGGGACUUCGGGAUUUCCAGAGUACUGACCAACACAGCUGAUCUGGCCUCCACAUGUGUCGGGACGCCUAGCUACCUCAGCCCUGAGCUCUGUCAGGAUGUCCCCUACAGCUCCAAGUCCGAUAUCUGGGCUCUCGGCUGUCUGUUGUACGAGCUCUGUGCUCUCAGGCCUCCUUUUGCAGCCUCAAACCUCAUGAGUCUGUUACACAAGAUCACCAGAGGGGAGUAUGACCCCAUGCCUGACGUGUUCUCAGAUGACAUCUCCUCUCUGAUAAAAAGGAUGCUCAGCCUCGACCCAGAAAACAGGCCGAGUGCUGCCUGUGUACUUAGCAGCGACUAUGUGAAGAUUCACCAGGCGAACAUCAAAGACACAGAGACUGAUUCUGCUCCUGUGGGGAAGAGCUGUGACAUUAAUACAGGAGGAAAAAACUCCCCCCUUGGGUCACAGGUCCUCAGCCAACCACUCUUAUGGGAAGAGAAAGAACACACUAUCAGUGAUGAGAAGGCGGAUUGUGAUGAUUUGUGUGUCGAAGGAAAGAACCACUGUGACUGCCUCUAUCCUGAGGACUUUGAUGAAGAUGAUAGUUUGUCCUCUGUAGAAGACUGCAGCAGAGAAUCAGGGUCCCUGAUGAGGAGCGAUUCUGCCGAGCCCACUGCCUUUCAGGAGGUUCCUGACUUUUCAGAACAAGCUGACUAUCCUGAUGACUUUGAAGAAGAUGAGGAGAGGGAAGAUGAUGGGGAUGAAGCAGAACCAGCCCCGGCUUCGGCUGAUCAGCAGCCACAUGAUGAUGGAGUGGACGAGUUUCAGCUCUGUGAUGCUGGAGGACUGACCAUUACGCUGAAAACUUCCUGUGUGGGCGUCUUCACCAGGAUGCUGAAGCACCAGCUCAACAAUGUUAGCGUGCCUGAGAACUACACGUAUCUUCUCCGAGAACUUAACGCAAACCUGAACAAUCUGCAACCACAACAACAGAUUGACGGCAAGUGUAACACAACGUUCGUUAACAGAACCAUGGUCUUCUGGAGGUGGCCUCAUUAG